AUGGCCGUAUCAACCCGCGAGAGGCAUGAUCUCUAUGCCCUUCGCACCCCAUCCCCGCCACCUCUCGACCUGUCAGCUCUAAGGGUGAACCCUGCUCAAGAUGCGUUCGAGAGUGCGGUAGUCAUCCUCCAGAAGGAGCUCACCCACGAUGAACAGAAGCUUCUUCAACUGCAGGGCAAGACAUCUAUGCAAGAUGUCCAGAAAGCGGUCAAAGACGCGAUGGAUGAGUAUGAGGCGAAGAUAAAAUCUUCGAAGCUGAGGGGCUGGCUUGCGAGUUGCUCAUCCAGGAUCCUGUACUACGGGAGCGUCUCUCCCUCAGCCGUGUUUGAUGUAUUCGUCCAGCAUCAUCCUGAAUACGUUUCCCUGGCCUGGGGCGCGAUGAAGUUUCUAUUCAUUGCCGUUCUUAAUCAUGAGGAGCUCCUCACGGAGAUUUCCAAAGCAGUGAGCAAGAUUGCGGACGUCUUGCCUCGGACGGAGUUGCAUUCCGUCUUGUACCCGACGCAGCGCAUGCAAGAUUCCGUCGCCAUGGUAUAUGCCAAAAUCUUAGAGUUCUUCGUCCUGGCUGUCCGGUGCCUGAGCUUCAAACCCGUCAUUGAAGAAAUUACAGAAAGAUCAAGAAGAGUGGAUGAACUAGCCAGCGCAGCAUCCAAAGCCGAGAUAAGGGACCUGCACAUCCGGAUUCAUCGUUUGGAUAAGACACUCGUGCAGGUGACUGAAAUGAUGGCUGUGCAACAGCAGCAACAAGUCCUAUACAACGAAUCGUUGCUCGGGGCUCAACAUGAAUACAAGCAGCUCUUUCGCAAAGGCCAGGUCGAAGACAUUCGCAACUACCUUCUCUUGGAGGAUACCCCAGAGUCGGAAGAGAGCCUGGCCUACUGUAGAUCCAUGCGGAACCGGAGGAGGCGAACAAUGCCGACCCAGAUACCAGUCUCGGCGCUUGAGACACUUGAGUCCUGGGUGUCCGAUCCCUCGUCUUCCCUUCUCUUGGCGCAAGGCCAAGGCAUUCGUUCAAGCUCGCUGGACUUUGCUGCUGAUUUCCUCGAUGCCGUCCUGGACAAAGAUUAUCCUGUCUUGUGGGCCCUCCCGUCUGCAUCAGAAGAAGAACCCUUGAAGCCGUCGAUAUCUGGCAUCCUGCGAUCGCUCAUAUCCCAAGCCCUGGCUCUGGACCCCAGCAUUGUCAGCGAGGGGGUGAAUCCUGUCAACAUGAAGCACUUCAAGAUGUGCAAAGGGGUCCAGCAGUGGUUCGCACUCUUCGAACAAUGUAUCACGAGGCUCCCGCGCUUGUUCCUCGUGGUUGACAUGGGUCUGAUCGAGUUGGCCACGAGCCACGAGGACGAAGAGCACGAGUUCUUCAAGGUUGACCACUUCGUCGAGUUCCUCGCGGAAAUGAUAAGCCGUCGAGUGAGAGGGGGGCUGAAAAUCGCCGUUCUAUCUUGGCGAUUCGCCGUAUCGACUUCGCUCGAUGCAGAUGAGGUGUUUGAUCAGAGACGCAUCUUUACGGAUCAAGGGCGCCGAGCUGAGAGAAUGAUGAGGAAGCCAAAAUUUCGCGCCAUGCUCAAGAAGAGAAACCAAAGAUUUGUUGAAAGGUUUAGCUCCUCAGUUACUAUUUCUAGUCAAUGA